GGCGCCGCGGCGGCCUGUGGUGGCGUCAGCGCCUCGACCUCGUAGCCUCGGUUCUCCUCCGCCGAGCGAGCCUGCGGGCGGUGCGUGUGAAAGCCGGAGGCGCGGCGUGAGGGAGAAUGGGCGUGACGGCGCGUGUGGCUGAGAGGAGCCCCCUGGACCCCGAGGUUAGACCCUGCUGCGACCCGCUCAGCAUGCGGGCACUCCUGAGCAUGCUCUGGCUUGCCCUGGCCUGCAGCUCUGUGCACGCCACCCUGUCGAAGUCAGAUGCCAAAAAGGCUGCCUCGAAGACACUGCAGGAGAAGACUCAGGUUUCGGGCAAGCCCGCCCAGGAGCGGGGUCUGGUGGUGACGGACCUCAAGGCUGAGGACAUCGUCCUUGAGCACCGCAGCUACUGCUCGGCCAAGGCCCACAAGAAGCACUUCGCCGGGGACGUCCUGGGCUACGUCACACCGUGGAACCGACACGGCUACGAUGUCGCCAAGAUCUUCGGGGGCAAGUUCACCCAUGUCGCCCCCGUGUGGCUGCAGCUGAGGAGGCAUGGCCGCGAGAUGUUCGAGGUCACAGGCCUGGACGACGUAGACCAAGGGUGGGUGCGGGCAGUCAGGAAACAAGCCAAGGGCCUGCGCAUAGUGCCCCGUCUCCGGUUCGAGGACUGGACGUACGAGGACUUUCAGAGCGUCCUGGACAGCGAGGAUGAGAUUGAGGAGCUCAGCAGGACUGUCGUCCAGGUGGCCAAGGGCCAGCACUUCGACGGCCUGGUGGUGGAGGUCUGGAACCAGCUGCUGGUCCAAAAGCAUGUGGGCCUUGUUCACCUGCUCACCCACAUGGCUGAGGCGCUGCACCAGGCCCGGCUGCUGGCUUUCCUGGUCAUCCCGCCAGCCGUCGCCCCGGGGACAAACAAGCUGGGCAUGUUCACGAACACAGAGUUUGAGCAGCUGGCGCCCGUGCUAGACGGCUUCAGCCUUAUGACCUACGACUACUCCACAGCACAGCCGGCUGGCCCCAACGCACCGCUGCCCUGGGUGCGAGCCUGCGUCCAGGUCCUGGACCCCAAGUCCAAGUGGCGGAGCAAGAUCCUGCUGGGGCUCAACUUCUACGGCAUGGACUACUCGGCCUCCAAGGACGCCCGCGAGCCCAUCAUCGGGGCCAGGAGUGUCCCUGACACGGCACAGGUGGCCUGCCACCCCGGCGUCCUCCGCUGUGGCCUGGAUGAGCCCUUGGUGUUCCCGGCCGCGCGGUCGCGCUCCUGCUCGGUGUCGGCUGUCUGUGCUGAGCUCUGAAGCUGCUGCUGCGCAGACAGCCUGGGCGCUUCAUCCCAUGACCUGCUCACACCCACGUGGUCUCCACACUCGUCCCUGCCCAGCCCCACUGCACUGCGACAACCACGCGCCUUCACGGAGAUUUGUUCACGUUCUUUGCACCUGGUUUUCCCUGCGCUUUUUAAACCUUGGGGCUUAUCCUUUUUAUCGUGUUUGGGAAGAUAGUAGCCAGCUUCUCAGCUCUCCCUUUCUCUCCUCCCUUUCCAGGCCCACGACACUCGUGUGUCAGGCGGUCUCUCGCCCCUGCCCGGCGACCCUCACUUUGUCUCGGGGGGCUCUGUUUCUGUUUUCUCUGGCUCAGUUUUCCUUGCUGUCUUCAAGCCCACACACCGUUUCCUGGUCGUGUCCUACGCGGGGUCUCUCCCUCCCGUGUAUCCCGGUAGCUCUCGUCUGGGGUUUUGUCUGGGACGCCAAGUGUGUGUGUGGAGGCUGCCGGGCAGGCCAGCCCUGUCCCCUCCGUGUCCCCGAGCGGCGCUCUGGGGGCCUCUGCUCGGGCCACACGUGUGCUUCACCCAGCCGCGCACUCUCAGCCCCCUGUCCUCACGCUGUGAGCUGCCGCGACCCCUGAACGCUGUGAGCUGUCCCGUGAGCAUGGACGGUCCUGAGGCCAGUGAUCCGAGUGUGUGUGCCCACUGCUGCCCCCCUGUGGGCAGGAUCACCUGCAGGCCCGCUGGCCGUGGGGACACAGCACGCGGCCCAGCGCCUGAGCACCGGCUACUUGCCCGCUGGCCUUGCCCCGCCCGUGCUGUGCUCCCUCGGGGCUGCCCUGCGGAGGGACAGGCCGCUGGGUUGGCCCUUGGUUGGCCUCGGGAGUUCCAGGAGGCUGUUCGGCAGCCACCCACCCGGCGGGGUGCCACACGUGUUUCCUGGGCGAGUCCCUGGAGUCGGGAGCGCCGUAGGGGGAAGCUGGACAGGAAGGCUCUGCCCUGGGCUUGCUGAGGUCACCCAGCUGAGGGGUCCCCCACCGUGCCUGGAGGCAGAACAGGGAGGGCAGCCUGUGGGGGCAGGGCAGAGGGUUCCCGGGCCCAGGGGCGUGCCAGGGACCACCCCAGAGGGCGCAGACCCCAGAGGGUGCCGCCCGCUUCCCUUGACCUCCAGGCGCCCACUCGGGUCCUGCCCAGGGCGCUUACACUGGGGAGAGGCUGAAGGAGGUCGAGGUGGGGUGACUGCUGUUCUGAGGGGUUAUGUGGGUCUCUGAGGGGCCAUGGGCAGGGGGCUGCUGGGAAAUCUCGCCAAGGCCCUUCCUCCCAAGGCCUCAGCAGGGUGGACGGCCAGGGAGACGAGCCCUGGGGCUCUGCUCCAACCCCCUCGGCCGCUGGAGGCCCAGCAGAGCCCAUCCGAGAGCCCCUCCCUCGGCCUGGUGACCACGCCCACUGCCACCUCCUCCCCAGGGCCCUGGGGCGUAUGCUGCCUCUGCCCUGGGGGAGCCUUGGGCAGGGGCUGGCCCUGGUUGCCCUGACACCCUCUGCCCACAGCCGAUUCCUUCCAGACCAUCCCCCGCAUCCUCAGGCCUGGGGGCUCUGGGGACAGGGGCAGAGCCUCUGCGGGGCAGGGAGUAGCCCCCCUCAGGCGCGUCUGGGGUGCCAGAUGGGAGAGUUCAGCGAGGCCCCAGAUGGAGGCCUGUCUGGGGGGUGGGGGGGCUGCCUCUGCAGGGAGUGGGUGUAUUCACAGGCCCAGGGCCCCGGAGUCACAGCCCACCAGGACGCGCCCCUCACUGGACACCCCCGGGAGCCCUGAGCGGGCGACCAGCAGGUGUGGGGGCAGUGAGCCUGGGGCCAUGGCGCCCUGCUGCCCUCCCGAUAGCAGCCCAGGCCGGCCUGUCCCCGGGCCACCCACCCUCCCGGCUCAGCCUCCCCGGCGCUGACCUGGCCGUGUGUGGCAGGCAUCCCCGGGCCCCUCCAGGGACAGCGGGGGAUCAGCGCCUUCCCAUCUGCUCCUCACACAGCCGGGGCCUCCAGCAGGGGCGGGAGGCCGGCUCUGCCUGCCGGGGAGUGGGAGGGGUCUCAUGGCCCCCCGCCUGCCUCGGCGGGGAGGCGGUCUGCACUCUGGAUGCGCUGGCCACUGCCUCUGCUCUCCAGCCCGGGUGACUCAGAGGCCCCAUCGCCCCACGGCCUCACUGCUCCCCGACCUUGAGAGUCGCGGUGGCCGUGAAACAGCCUCGGGAGGCUGGGCACCCCACGUGCAGACUCAUGACCCCCACAGGCCUGGGUGCUGAUCCAGGGGUCACCGUGGUUGCUGACCCCCACUCUGGGAGUCUGCCGCACUGCCCUGGUGGUCAGGGUGCCCGCCCAGCCCCCUGAAGGCCCCCAGGCCAAGUGGGCCCACACUCCCCUGCAGCAUCCAGACUGGGCUUGCUGCCUCUGCUCAGGGGCCGCCGGGACCUCUGUGAGAGCCAGCCCCGGCAGAACACAGCCAGACGGGCCCAGGGCUGGGCUAUGCCCGGCAAUACUCCCCCACCACUCACGGGCCAGGGGGCGCGGGGUUGAGGCCACAGGGCUUGGGGAGGCUGCCCGUGCGGCCCUCCUGCCCGGGUCUUGCGCCGCCUUGGACGGGGCUGGCAGCUCCCGCGGCUCUGGGUCUGGCCCAUCUCCGCUGAGACCCUCUCCUCCACCGGCCCCUGGGCCUCGUGGUCCCCCCUGGGCUCCCGAGCCUCCUGCCCUCACUCUGUGCCCGGGGCCUCCCUGUGCACCUUUGACCACUCGUCGCAUCCCUGCCUGGUCUCCCCUAGGGGACGCUCCAGGGGUCCCACGGGGGUGCUGCUGCCUGUGGGUGACGUGAGGUCUUCCGUGUAAACUGCCUGUGGGUCCUGGGAGCUGAGAUGGGGGAAGGGGUGCCUCCUCGCAUCGCCUGUGGCGGUGCCCACCGGACUACCCGUGUGGGCCUGCAGCAGAGGACCCUGUGCCUUCCACAUGCCCAGCCAGGUCCUCAGCAGCUCGGAGGCGGCGCCCUCCGGGGCGGGUCCUGUGUGGAUUGCAGCACCAGCCAUGUCUCGCCCAGGGGCCCUGAGUCCUGCAGGGGCCACGGCAGAGAGCGCAGGGUUCCCAGGCCCCAGUGGGGGGUGGGAAGCCCACCCCGGGCUGGUCUCCCCGUCGCCCUGACAGCCCCCUUCCGCCUGCUCUCUGCUCGCUCACCCAGAGUGGGGGGGCCAUGCAGCUCGUCUCUGGGCCCUGAAUCCUCCGCCGACCUGUCUGCUGUGUCUUCGUCUGUGAUUCUCUUUGCUGUUCCCUGAACCCUUCUUCCCGAAGGCUGACAACUUUUUUGAGCGGGGAGGUGUCAUUCACACGCUGUAAGGUCCGCUGUGGCAAAGCGCCUGACUCAGCAACGUUCAGAACCUCGUCAGGCUGCGCGGCCACCUCUGUUUCCGCAACGUCUCGGCGGCCCCCCCCCGGCCCCUGAGGCCCCUGACCUGGGAUGGGGUCCGUCUGUGACUUGCCUGGGCGGGACGUUUCUCAGAGACGGGUCAGGCGGCCGAUGGCCGAGGCCUUCCGUUUUAGCUCAGGGACCGCGCGGCCCCGUCUGUGCCUUUCGCUCAUUCACCCCUGCUGCCCACCGCAGCCCCUCCACCUGGGCCGCCCCUGGGGUCCUGCUCUCACUCCACAGCGGUCUGCUCAGCUGUCCCCACCCAGGGCGCUCACUCCCUGCCCCUCCACCUCCCACCCCAGUGAGCAUGGCGUCCUGAGUGGACUCAGCCCUGGCACUGCCCGGCCUUAGCCUCUGGGAUGAGGAACUGACCCCAACAGAGAGCAGCCUCAGCUGCCCCCACAGCCCACCUGCUCCAGCAGGCAGCCCCCCGUGAGGAGUGCGUGGCCAGGGCUCCCGAAACCCCAGGGCCUGGAGCCAGCUGCUGAGCAGCAUCUGCCCGACCCAGGACAGGACUUGGGGGCUCAGAAACGUCCACCCCACCCCACGUCCCAGAUCACCUUAGCCUCAGGGCAGACGGCUCCAAAGCGGCAAGUGAUCCUUGUGAUUCUAGGAGCAUGACUGUGGUUAAGGAUGAUGCCAUCAUUUUGGACAAUUGGAGCUGGUGUGGGGGGGGUUGUGGGUCCUGGCCCAGACCCUGUGGGGAGCCCCACGUCCUCCACCGUGGAUUCCCCACUGCUCUGUCCAGCCCUGCCCCCCCAGCACCCCACUGGCAUCAGUGGUCCAGCCCAAAGCACACAGUGCCCCCCUGGGCUCGGGGGCGGGCCGGCCGCGCCUCCCGCCUCAGCCUGUCUGGGCGCUGGCUGCUGGCCAGGGAGAUGCCGUGCGGGCUGCAGGCCCCACUGUCCCGACCACGCGGCGCCCUGGAAACCAGCUCGUCUGCCGUGUGUGUUGGGGGCAGGUCUGAAACCGGUGCCUUUUGGCAGUGAGGCAGGCCCACCACAGGCCUAGGGCAGCUGCGUCCACAGCGGGGAGGCAGGGAGGACAGCCUGGGUCCCCAGGGGGCUCGGACGCCGGUGUUUCCCUGGAAAGGGGGCGAGGGCACGCGGAGCCGCGGCUGCUCCCAGGGCUUGCUCGCGCGUCCCCAGCGGGUGGGGCCCAGGAGCGCCGUCUGUGCCUCCCGGCCGGUGCUGCACCCACAUUGCAGAGCCUCGGUCCACCCGUGGUGCUGUCGGGUCAGGGCAGUGUCCCGGCCCCCACAUCUCAGCAGCCUGUCGGGACCCUUGUUCCCCCCCAGCCACAGCCCCGGCCCAGGUGUUCAAGAACCCACCCUGUGGUCCUGCUUCCUGGCAUUCAUCGUGCCCAGGCCACCCCACGUGGCCCUCCCACCCCGCCUGGUGUCGCUGGCAUUUCACGGACCACUGGGGGUCGACAUGCUGCCCCGGUUAGCCUUGACCUGCUGUGAUGGCAAAGGCCGCCCCCACCCGUCUGGGUGGGCGGAGUAGGGCUCCGCACCCACAGCCCGUCUC